UUGAUCAGAUGACCUACAAUGUUAUGCCUACAAACCUGCAGAUCUUGGUCUUGCACACAGACAUCUAAGUGCUAUCAUUUCACAUCAGGCGGGGUAGUGUUAGUUAUAUAUUUAUUUUGCUGUACUAGGAGAGAUCCUCGGGAGUCUAAUGUAGAUGCGGCUGGAGAAAGUUUCGCCUUUUUCAAAGCUGGAGUGAAAGCUGCUUACAUUGGUGUGAUCGACGCCGCGAUUCGGGAGCAAGUGAACUUCAAUAAUCCGAUCCGAGUGCUUGUUCUUCUUAUGGUCAGCUUUUGUCCAUGUUUUCAGCAUCUCGGUACCCACAUUUGCCAUGAAAUGCAAGGGAUACGGUGCUGAGAUGGGGAACCGAGAUGCAUAAAAUCAGACUCUAACUUUCCUGCUAUUUCAGC